UCUUCCUCCAGUCGUGUGUUCAGCUUCACGCUUUCGUUCCCUCAGCGCUAUCACAUAAUGGAGGACGCCGAUUCUUGGGAUGCUGAUAGUUUCGAGCUCGAAGAGCCAGCUAAAAAGGCGGCAGUUCAUGACAAAUGGGAGGGCGAAGAUGAAGAUGACGAAGUGAAAGAUAAUUGGGAUGAUGAUGAAGAGGAAGAAAAGGAGGAGGAAAAGGUGAAGGAUACGGUGGAGGAAAAGACAGAGACAAAACCUACAGAAAAGAAGAAACUUAGUGACAAAAUAAAAGAGAAGGAAAGUUUACAGAGGAAAAAAGCAGAGGAGCUCAAAAAACGAUUAGAUGAGUCAAAAGACGAUAAACUGACACCAGAAGAGGAGCUGGCAGAGAAACUCAAAAUAAAAAAACUACAGGAGGAUUCAGACUUGGAGCUAGCAAAAGAGGCUUUUGGUGUAGUAUCAAAUAAUGUUACAGGAAUUGAUGCUAUAAGCCCCUCUUCAAAAGACGACUUCACAGAGUUUGAGCGGUUGCUAAAAGAAAAAAUUUCUCCAUAUGAAAAGUCUAUACACUAUUCCAGCUUUUUAGAAUCACUGUUUAGGGACCUUUGUCUUUCAUUGGAAAUUGAUGACUUGAAGAAAAUUAACAACUCGCUCACUGUGUUACUAAGUGAAAAGCAGAAGCAAGAAAAGCAGGCAAACAAAGGUAAAAAGAAAAAGAAGGGAGUUUUACCAGGAGGAGGAUUAAAAGCAAAGUUGAAAGAUGACCUUGCAGAUUACGGAGAGUUUGAUGGCGGUUAUGCACAAGACUAUGAAGAUUUUAUGUGACCAUGGCUUAACCGACUUAUAACUUUUGCCGAUUGCUGAACCAUACACCUUAACAGCAUGACCUUACCCCACUGUCAGGCCCGUUACCAGAACCAUGCUAGAAAACUCUGAACUCCAUCCCACGAAAUGCACAAUAUCCCUUUGAAGAGAUUUAUACAGAGAAUUAAAUAACUACGUUAUUUUUCUGAUCGGUCAUGACUUUAAGGCAACAUUUGUCGGAAUAGUAGCAGAUCGUGCAACAUUAAAUCCUCAAAUGUGAACACUAGCGAGUGUCAAACAGCGGUGUAGUUUAAUCAUUGGACAGUUCAGACAAAUAUGAACGGAGUGUUAUUGUUCAAAAACUGCUAUUUGUUAAAUAAAUGCCAUUCUAUGCAAAUUUCAGAACCUGUCGAUGUCAUUGGAUUAAUAAAAAAAAAUUACAGCCAGCGUUUCUUUAAAAAUUUGAACAAGAUGAUACUUUUGCAAACUAGUUGACAAGAAGGUUUAAAAAUCAUGUCUACAAUCAGAUGUUUAUUUUCUGUUCUUAGAUGAUUUCGGUAUCUGAACCUAGAGCGUAGGGUACUUUAUCUAAGCCUAAUAAAGUCUUAAACAGAAAAUAACACUUUGACAUUUGUAGCUCAUGAUGCAUUUCAUAAAGUAUACGACCAAAAGUAUUGUGCAGAGGUUUCAAAGAUGCAUUGCAGCAUUAUUUAGGAUUACCUCAGAAUUUUUCCAGAGCAAAUUAUACAAAUAUUUACAAACACGACUCAAGUUUUCAAUGCAACACAUUAUGCAGUUACUCGUUUGACCUCAACCAAGCCAGCAAGGAAAUUGGUGCGAUCUCAAGGGUUGAGAUUGUCUGCUGAUAUAUAAGGGACUGAUAUGGGGUCAGGCAUUGUUUGGCUCUCAAUUUUCUGUGUGAUAGACAUGCUUCAAAGAGACUGAAAGCUGACCAUAGGACUCUGUGCUGUUUUAUAAAGGUCUAAUUUAAUAAAAGUUGCUUAAAAUCUGUGAA